UGGUUUGCAAGUACUCACAAGGGAUAAUAAAUUUACGUGCUGCUGUAAGGCGAAAUAAUCCUCAGUUGUUGAUGUCAGCAAAAUGGAUGACAAAAGAACUCUUUCAUGGGAGGAAUCAUCCUAAGUACCAAGAAAUAGAAAUCUACGAAACUUUUAUUCGUCGAAUUUUGCCCGAUGUUAUGAAACAGUUUUUUGAACAAUUUUGCAGUUUGUCAAAGUCUGGGAACAAAAGCAAAGGUCAAGGCUUAGAUUUUCUGCUUGAGGAAGAAAACAAGAAUGUGAAAGGAUGGCUGAAAAGAGGAGUUCCAAGUGAUGAAUCGUGGUUAGCUACUUGUCGGAAUCAUCAAUCGCUAAAAAGCUUGAAGAAAAAUGUUUUAGCUCAGGCUGGUGUAGAAUCACUCGAAUGUAAUGAUAGAGAAUUGAAAAUUGAAAGUGCAAUCAAGGAAUGGAGAUGUCAUUUGAGGGAAUCAAAGUAUAUUGAAUCGGACUGCCAUGGACCAGUACUUACAUCCCUAAGUGGACAUGUGUUAUGUCAGGAACUGGUGAAUUUUACGUCAGAAGCAAAUCGAAAGAGAUCCUAUAGAAUAUUGGAUAUGAUACUUCAUCAAACUCCCCCGAAUGAUCCAACUUUGCAUCACCCGGUGUACAUCACUGUGGAUGAAAGAGACAAAUUUUCAGCCGAUUCGGCACUCUCUGUUCAAGAAAUUGACAACAAAAUAUUGGAUAUCAUUGAACUGCUACAUGAAAACUCUAAAAAAGACUUUAUGAAGCUAUUUGACAGACUUAUAAAAGUUAAAUCAAAUUUAAAAGAGCAACAUUUAAUAUUUUUGGAAGAAGUAUCACAGGCGGUAGCCCAACAAUUGCCAACCAUCAACGAAGAGCAUGUUCCAUUUCAUAAUGAACCAGACAUGGAGCAGGACUAGAUUUGUUUAAAGCAGACAAGUUAUUGGAUGAGUAUGAUCUAACCAGUCAGAAUGACAAUCUUCAAGUGCUACAAGAUCUGAUCCUUGGAGGUGAGAGGGAUCAUGGUGAUGGUCAUUUUCCUCAACAAGAAUCAUCAUCUUGUCAUA